UUGAAAGAUCUGAUGAGCGAGACUUGUUGCUGUUAAUCCUUUUUUCUAAUUCGGAACCAUGGCUCCAGCUCUGGGAAAUCUGUGGGGUACCUAGCUUAGAAGGCUAUAAGAGUUGUUGGGGUACCUGAUGUCGAAGGUACUUUACCAAGGGUGAGGUACCUAAAGUACGUAGGCAUGGCAGGCACGCAGGCCAGGGAGCUCAGGCAAGCUGUCCCAGUCAACUCCGCCACCAUCUGCGAACGACAUCGAUUCCGCUCAUCCAGCGAUUCAUCUUAUUCCAUCAAAGACACAACACCGCCGAACACAGCGCUCAGAGACCUCACAGUUUUCAUACAGCACUGGUCGCCGUUCUUAUCUCAUCGCCGCCACCAGCCGAAGGACGUCUCCCAUCCUUUCCUCCAUUGAACACGCUUCAACACGCAUUCGACCUUUGCGCUCUGCGCCGCCGGCCAACAUGGACGUGGCACAAGCAGUGGCCGGCUAUGUCUCUCGUAUGAUUCAGUCCGCUGAUUCCUCAUCGACGACACAGUCGGCAAAGAUGAAGGUUCUGCUGCUGGACCGCGAGACAGUUCCUAUUGUGUCCACUGCCAUCACUCAGUCAGCGCUGCUGAACCACGAGGUUUAUCUCAUUGAUCGUAUAGAUAACGCCAACAGAGAGAAGAUGCGCCACUUGCGAUGUUUAUGUCUUAUACGACCAUCGCCAGACUCCAUCCAGCUCCUGAUUGAUGAACUACGAGAGCCGAAGUACGGAGAGUAUCAUCUGUAUUUCACCAACGUCGUCAAGAAGUCAUCACUAGAAAGACUUGCCGAGGCUGACGACCAUGAGGUUGUCAAGCUGGUUCAGGAGCAAUUUGCCGACUUCAUCGUCAUCAAUCCCGAUCUGUUCUCACUUGGACUCAGCCUUCCCCAUCAGCGUCUGUGGGGCAGCAACCCAGACACGUGGAACCCAGACGCCCUGCAACGAAGUGCUGACGGACUUGUUGCUGUGCUUCUUGCACUCAAAAAGAAACCGCUGAUCAGAUACUCCAAGACCAGCCCACUCACCAAGAAAUUGGCUACAGAAGUGCGAUAUCGUAUUACACAAGAGGAGCAGCUUUUCGACUUCCGGAAGGUGGACACGCCUCCUCUCCUGCUCGUGCUCGACCGGCGCGAGGAUCCAGCAACACCACUUCUCACGCAAUGGACGUAUCAAGCCAUGGUGCACCAUCUUCUCGGUAUUACCAACGGCCGAGUUGACCUGAGCAAUGUGCCUGAUAUUCGUCCGGAGCUAAAGGAGAUUGUCUUGUCGCAAGAUCAGGAUCCUUUCUUUAAGAAGAACAUGUAUCUCAACUUCGGAGACCUGGGCGGCAACAUUAAAGACUACGUGGAGCAAUACCAAUCCAAAACACAAAACAGCUCAAAUAUCGAGUCGAUAUCCGACAUGAAGCGCUUCAUCGAGGAGUACCCCGAGUUCCGCAAGCUAUCCGGAAACGUUAGCAAGCACGUCACAUUGGUCUCAGAGUUGAGUAGACGUGUGGGUGCCGAGAACCUACUCGAAGUCAGUGAGCUGGAACAAAGUCUCGCUUGCAACGACAAUCAUGCGGCUGAUCUCAAGGUAUGUAUUCGACGACCAUAGUACGGCUUUCCAGUGCAGAUACCAGAAGCUAACUCUUCCCAUAGAACAUUCAGAAGCUCAUCCAG